CUAAAUUCAUGGUUUGUUUUCUGGUUUGAACAAGUCGGGGCAAAAUGGGAAAUAAACUGAUCACCAAGGUGUUUAAUGAUCCCAUCCAUGGUAGCAUAGAGUUACACCCACUCCUCAUCAAGAUCAUUGACACACCUCAGUUCCAGAGACUUCGAUUCAUAAAGCAGCUUGGAGGUGUCUACUUUGUUUACCCUGGAGCGUCUCACAACCGCUUUGAACACUCAAUCGGGGUGGGAUACUUAGCAGGAAAACUUGCUGAGGCUCUCAGGUCAAGGCAGCCGGAUCUCAGCAUCACUGACAGAGACGUCCUUUGUGUUCAGAUUGCUGGCCUCUGUCAUGACCUGGGUCAUGGACCCUUUUCCCAUCUGUAUGAUGGACUGUUCCUCCCCAAAGCACUGGAAAAAAAGAGGAAAUUAAAGAAAUGGAAGCAUGAAAGGGGCUCUCGUCUCAUGCUAGACCACCUGGUGAAAGAGAAUAAUCUUAAACCAAUGAUGAAGUAUGGACUGAAACCUGAAGAAGACAUAACAUCAUUAAGGAGAUGA